UCAGUUGAUAAAACAUUAGGCUUACGUCGACAUCAGCAGUUCCAGGUCUAAGAAUAGCAUUUCUUUUUUAUUGUGCCCCAAGUGUGUAUCAGCCAGCCAGUGCGCGCAAUGAUAAGAGCUUGACGAAGCUCAUCCAAAAGGCGGCAAUUUGACCCAACUGUGCUCAGUAUUGUUUUUGUGUUGUCGCAGGGACGUUUGUGUCGUUUGUGUUAGGGACGAAAAAUUAAAAGCCUCCGAGAAAUUUCAAUAUUUUGCUACGCUCGAGAGAGAGAGAUUUUUUCGUUCUGUCAUCAAUUACGGACUUUGUUUACGUCUCUCUUUCGUUCGAGGCCAAGAAGAAGAUUUGAAAAUCCACGCGUCAAUAAUGGGCAGCACUAGCGACACCUUUGUGAACGUGCUGGAAGCUUCCACUGUGGAGAACUGCGAGAGGGUUUCUCAGCUGAAAGCUCAAUUUUUAAUUCAAUUCAAUCGCACCCCGAGCUUUAUUGUGCGCUGCAGCGGCAGAGUCAACAUAAUCGGGGAGCAUGUUGAUUAUUGCGGCUUCCCGGUGCUACCGAUGGCCAUCGAACAGACCAUUCUGCUCGCGGUAGCUCCCUCCGAGGACAAUUUGCUUCAUUUGAAGAACAUCAAUCCCAAGUACAAACCUUUUAAAUGCAACAUCAAUACUUUUACUAUUGACCUUCCAGAGGCUAGCGGACCAGAGUGGUACAAAUAUUUCCUGUGUGGCGUCAAGGGCAUACUCGAGCACAUUGCGCCAAAAAAUCCCAAAGGAAUGGCGGUCGUUCUUUCGGGAAACAUUCCACCGGCAUCCGGUUUAUCCAGCUCGAGUGCCGUCGUUAGCGCUUCCGUGCUUUGCUGCGCAUUCUUGCAAAACGCCCCGCUGGUGAAGCAAACUCUGGCAACGGUUUCUGCCGAUUGCGAGCGGUACAUCGGAACCCAAGGCGGAGGAAUGGACCAAGCCAUUGCCUUUCUGGCCAAGCAAGGGACGGCACAGUUUAUCGAGUGGAACCCACUGAAGGCGACUCCGGUGCAUUUACCAAAAAACGCUGUCUUUGUGAUCGCCAACAGCUUGAGCGAGGCUAACAAGGCGGCUACCUCAGAUUUCAAUCAGCGCGUGGUGGAGUGCAGAUUGGCUUGCAGGUUUUUGGCAAAGAAAAUGCAACUCAACUGGCGAGACAUCUGGCGCUUUGCCGAUCUCCAGAAAGCACUGAACUACUCGCUCGAAGAGAUGGAGACACUGACCAAUACCUAUUUGACGCAGCUGGUCUAUACCAGACAGGAACUGCUCGAGGUGUUCGAGAUGGAGCGGGAUGACUUUGUCGAAAAUUUACUCACGGCCAACACACGCCAGUCGGAAGUUUUCAAACUUCGCCAAAGGGCACUUCACGUGUUCCAAGAGUCGAUCCGCGUCAAAACGUUUGUGGAGGUCGCCCAACGCCCAACCGAUAGAACCAUUCACCUGAUGAAACUCAUGCGUCAAUCCCACGAAAGUCUCCGAUCGCUGUACGAGUGUUCGCAUCCUAACCUGGACCGACUUGUGGAGCUUUCGGACAAGCUUGGCGUCGGAGCUCGCCUUACUGGUGCCGGAUGGGGCGGGUGCAUCGUAGCACUUUGCGACGGAGUCGACCAAAGUCUUCAGUACAUUGACUACUUGAAGGAGGCGUACUACGCGGACCUGACCCAAGCUCAAGGCCGAAACCUGGACGAGGUGGUGUUUGCCACCAGUCCGCAGAGAGGCGCGGAAAUCUACCUGGAAAAGCCGGGUGUAAUUGGGUAGAGCGACGCGAGUGAAGCCUGCUUGCAGAGAGUUACCAAUAAAGUGCGUAGAUUUGUAGAAGUUA